AUGGCGGCGGGUCCGGGCGCCUGCCUCACGCCUCGAACGGGCCGCGCCGGGCGGCAGCGAUGGCGGCAGGGCGCGGGCGCAAGGGCUGUCGGGGCGUGCCGUUGUUUUGGUCGGCGCGGCCCCGCCUCAGCCCGCGCCGCGCCGCGCCGCCCACCGCGCCCGCAGGCGUUUCCCGGGCGCGCGGCCGAGCGGUGCGUCGGCGCGCCACGUCGCGGUCUGCGCACAGACGUCCUGCCCCACCCUACCCGGGCGAGAUCGAUGAUUGGGCGGUCGGGCCGUGCCGGUGCCAGCUCUGGCCUCGUGGCCGUGGCUGGCGAGCCGAGGCUCCUGAUCGCCUUCGUUGCUGAGGUCGCUGCUGCUGCCGCUCAGCGGUGGCUUAUUCCCCUCAGAGGGCUGUCACCGCACUCCCUGAGCGGGAGCUAUCUGCCUGCCAUCAGGCGGAGGGGCUCGGCUGUAGCUGCUGCCAUCCUCUUCAAUUUAACAGGUCCCUGUGACAAAGGUGAGAAGAUGCUAAAGACGUGGCAUUUUUUUGUGCUGUAUUGGGUGUCCUUGAGGCUUGAGGCUAAUCCUGGUAUUAAAGUGAGGAUUACUCAGAAGGGAUUGGACUAUGGCAGGAGAAUUGGGAUGGAGCUCCUGAAGCAGGCAGUAUUGAAAGAGACCUUCCCAAGCUGGAGCGGGCAGGAGAGUUUCUUGGUUGUUAAGGUCAACUAUGAAAUUUCAAGGCUCAGAGUUAACACUGUAGAUUUCCCAGAAACUUCUGCUACCUUUAUUCCUGGCACUGGCAUUAGUCUGUCAGUGGCACAUGCUUCUGCUACGGCCAGUGCAGACUGGAGAGCAAAUACUUGGCUGCUCAAAGACCAAGGAGGAAUUACUGUGUCCAUUUCAGAACUGUUUAUUGCAGUUAUCUUCAAAGUGGCAAGGGAUAGCACAGGCCACUUGUCCAUGUUGCUGCACGACUGCCAGCUGAACAUUAAUAGUGUAAAAGUCAAAUUAAAUGGAGGAACUCACUGGAUCUACAGCUUUCUGUCUGGUUAUCUUGAGAAGCUCAUUCAUACUGAAUUGGAUAAAAAUAUAUGCCUAAAUAUCAAGCACAUAAUCCAAAUGAUAGAUGCACACCUAAGAAAGCAUAAGGUCUUAAGCCAGAUUGAUGCCUUUGCACAAAUAGAUUAUUCCCUAGUUAAUUCUCCAGCAGUCUUCAAAUCGCACAUUGACUUGGAUUUGAAGGGCACAGUCUACUCAGUAGGAAAUCACAUAGACCCUCCCUUUGUGCCAGCUUCAUUUGCCCUCCCAAACCAGGAUGAUUCAAUGCUAUACCUGGGAGUCUCCAGUUAUUUUCUAAACUCUGCUUCACUGGCUUACUACAGAGCAGGGGCCUUUAACAUCACUGUCUCCAAAAAACUUUCGACUACUUUUAACCUAAAUACCACAUUACUCAAGGAUUUUGUUCCUGAGAUUCCUCCAAGUUAUGCAGCAGCAUGCCCAGUGCUGCUGAAGCUGACGGCUACAUCACCACCUGCGGUCAGUUUAAAUGCAGACAGAUGCAUCCUGCAGAUCACUGGCUCCAUAGAAGUGCUUGCUGUUCUGCCAAAUUCAACCACCUGGUGCAUCUUUACAGGGAAUCUAACAGCCAGUACCAGAGCCAUUUUGACAAUAACCAAACAGAAGUUGAUUAUCUCAUUACUUCUGAAGAGGCUUCAGUUCUCCCUGCUGCACUCCACUCUUGACUUCUCUGAGGAGAUAUCACUGGUGGAAAAUUUUCUGUCAUAUGCUUUACAAAGUGCAGUGAUGCCAGUAAUCAAUGAUGAACUAGGAAAAGGAUUUCCUCUUCUUAACUUGACCCAUACUUGCCUUACUGGACCUGCAAUAAAAAUGAAUCAGGGUCAUCUGGUGAUUUCCACUGAUGUUCACUACAAACAUGAGGAAAGGGGAGAUGAGGACCUUUACUUUUAA